GAGACAAAAAUAAAACACGAAAAAAGAUCGCGAAUCUUACGGGAGGUGCAGGGCUCCAGCGAGCAGGCCUGCCCUUGUUUGAGUGACUCCGUCAGCUGCUUCUGGCUGAGUGUGUGCGGUUUAGCAGCGGUUGCUUUUCUAAUUUGUGUUGUUGCUGUUUCUUAAGUGAAUUCGAAGACUAAAGUGCACAGUGUACAACCAACGGUUUCAAAAUUUUGCCGACUCGACUGAAGAACCAUCCGAAGAAAACAGCUGUAAAAGUGAUCAUUAACAUAGUUUUCCAUUUCUCCAAGCCACCACAGUGGAGAGUGCAAGAGCGCCGAGAGCAGUGAAACGCGUCAUUUAUAAUCAAAUUAAGAUUUUGUUUUGUUUUUUCGGCGCUGAAGAGAAGAAAACAAUUUUAUUGCUGUGUGUAGUUGCUGCGGUCAGCGAAUUAGUGUGCCCUGAAGAAAACCCUCUUGAACUUGAAGAGUGAGAAAGCUGAUCGGAAAGAGCGGAAACAGCAAAGACAAGUUGUACAAUUUUCGAGCCAACACCGCGCGAGGUUCAUCAUAAUUAAAAGCACGGCGCCAUCUCUAUGACUGGGCGAUAGCAGCACCGUUUCCUGGGUCUCCACCUUCCCCGUCUCCUCUACGCCAAACAUGGACAAGCUGGAGCUCGAGAUACGGAGGGAGAUCGAUGAGAUGAACACGAGCGUUUCGCUCAUCGAUCGACUCGACUCGAGCGACACCAUGGACGACGAGAAGCAGGAGCAGCUGCUCUCGUCGACACGGGCCGUGUUCGACAACCUCAACUCGAGUCACGCCAAAAACAGCCUGACGGAUUCGCAGAUUUCGAUCAUUUCGAAGCAUGACGGCUAUCCGGAGUCGGGACAUUACUACGCCACGCCACUGACUCCGACGACGGACACCAGCGGAGAGUGCUCCGACAAACUCGGAACGGCAUUCACUUCGAUAUCGGAGGAAGACAAAACCGUGAUGACCGACAGUAGCGGGAUGAUGCAAGUUACCAACGACACCAGCUGUAAGGACACCAAAACUGACAUCAGCAGCAACGAUUUGCGCAAAACUAAAGUCAAACAGAAAAAGAAAGACUCCAAAGGGGACAAUAAGGCCGCCAAUGCGGCGGCUGCGAAACACAAGAAGGCUGCAGUUGCAGCAGCCGCCGCCGGGCACAAACUGGCCGGCGCCGAUCAGUAUUCUCCCAAUGGCGGGAACUCCUCAUUAGUCAGUUUUCUUUUUCCGCCGGGCUCGCCCCAGCUAAAAAAGAAUAACCUCCCCUCGACAGUGGUGCUGGGGGUGCUCCAGUUGCUUUUCAGCGUAACGCUGGCGGCGCUCGGUGGCCUCGUGCUGGCGCGGAAUGCCUCCCUGGCCAUGGCCGGUACGGGACUUUGGUGUGGUGCCAUUGCCGGGAUCGCCGGCUCGCUGGGACUGAUGAACGUGAAGAUGGCCAAAACGGGCUUCCUGGCGGUGAACCUGAUCUGCGUUGCGUCCAGUACGCUCGGGCUGGCCCUGACCGGGAUCGGUGCCGUCCGUGAUGCCAAUCUGGCUCAGCAGGAUGAGUCGGUGUGGAUAGCGGUGACAGCAGGUUCGGGACUGUUGACGGCACUGGCGUUGCACUUUCUCGUUAGCGUCUUCUCGGUGUACUAUUCAGCGCUGAAGCUUUGCGCCAGGCCCACACAUAAGUCUCAACUGAUCGAGAACGUCGUUAACAGCAGUUCGCCAGGUUCUCCGGCGUUCAUGUCCCAGCAGAAGGUCGAAGACUACAUCAACUCGCUACAGGUCGAUCCCUCCAUCAAGGAUAUGAUGUACCAAUCGAUGUUGAAACGCGGCUACGGAUCCGUGUAUGGCGAGAAGCAUCGCUCGGACACGUUCAGUAACGGCACUGGCAAAGGGUCCCGUCCCGUCAUGCUGGUACCCGCUUGCGCAGGCAACGGAAUGCCACAGAUGAUGCAGAUAUACACGUCCCCUCCGCCGCCAACCGGUGGCCCUCCGAUGAUGUACCCUCCAAAUAUGAUGCCUCCGGGAGUUCCUCAGUAUCCUCCGAUGUACCCGGACGCAGCUCUGCUAGAAGCACACAUAGCCCGCGUCAACCGGAAACGUUCGGUGCGCUCCGGCGCGGAACAGGAGCCAGUCUCAGACGAUCAGGAAGAGCGUAGACAGCGCCACCGACACCACCACAACCAGGAGAAAACCUUCACCUACACCGGACUUGAUAGGGACAUCGCGGACAGUUAUCUAGCGAAGGAGGAGGAGAAAAUGAACAGUAGCAGUAUUGUGAGUACGGCUACCGGUGGGGGUGGCGGCACCGAAACGCUCGAGCGUCACUUUGUCAAGGAGAACGGCGAACGAACGAACUCCCCGCCGCUGACCUACCAUCAUGAUCUGAUGCUGAUCGAUCAUCGGCAUCACUUCGAACGCUACCAAGAUGUUCAUAUGUGAGAACGGAGAAUUAGGGAUGGAAUCAAGUCUUUGCUAGCACGUAAGUCAUUCAUAGAACGGUAAGGAACGUCUGCUCAAGUUGAUUUUAACGUUACGAUUUUGGAACUCCUACUUGUGUAUAAACCUGUGUACAUUUUAUUGUGUUUUAAAAAUAAAAUAAAUUAUUAGUGAUAGAGAUUGCUGUGACGACUGGUAUUGCGGUUUAAAAGUCUUCGUCGCUCUGGUCCUGCUUGGCGCUCCGUGCCAGGUUCGAGUUCUCCCUCGCCAGCUUCGUCAGACUUUCGUCAUCCUCGUCGUCGUCGUCGUCAUCAUCCGAACGGAUUUCGUCGAUAACUGCAAUAAAACCAAAACACAAACGA